AUGUGCACUCCCCUUCAAGUUCAACCCUCCUCCAUCCCCUCCACCCUCUCCGAGUCCGAACUCUCGCUGCCGUUUCACUCGGAGUUUAUCCAAUGGUGGGCAAUAUAUGAAUCUCCUGAAUUUCCAGACGCUGCGAAUAUCAACUACGAGGACAUCAAGGCCCAACUACUCUCAGCCCACGGGGACUGGAAGUCUCCUUACGACGCUCCUGACUCCGAGAAGAGCAGGUCUGGGUCUGUCUUCCGGACGAUCAUCGAACAGGGUUGUCGUGCACCAUUCAACUCUUUCGGUAUCCAGAAUAUCGGGCUGGAUACUCUACCACACCUGCAGUCUUACCUAGCGAAAGGAAGGAUCGUCCUCGGAGAUGCAGCACAUAUUAUACCCGCCGACAUCCUCCAAGGAGCCUCGUGUGUCAUUAAGGAUUCUCUCGCAUACGCGCUCCUCUUGAAGCAUUACCUCUCCAUUCGCCCGUCGUACAACUACAGGAACCCUACUGACGUCGAGACUGGGAUGUGGGAGAUGCCAUUCGCCCUCGCUGUGAAGGCGUUCGAGGAAGUCAGACGGCCACCUAUUAAGGCUAUCACGGAUACGGUGCACGACCCGUGUGAGAAGGUGGAUGAGAGGAUGGAGAUGGGGUGGUUGGGCGAGAAGUCGAGGGACUGGGCGAUUCGCUGGCUUGCAGGCAAAACUCCUGAAAAAUUGAACCAUUACUUGUUUGCUUAUGAUACCGAGGCGGCGGUCGAGGAAUACCUGUCCAUGCCCCCUGUUCCUAUUACGCUACAUUGCCUGUCGUAG